UGACCACAACUGUGACUGUGGUUUACCUUGCUAGAGAAGUUUUCUGCAAACUAUUUAUUUCCUUUAGGUGUAAGGGAUUCUUUAUAUCUCGUGUCGUUUGUUUUGCGUUGCAUAUGAUAUUAUAUGAUAUCAUUCUUCUAGAGAUUACCUUGUUGAGAAAGAAGUGGUUAGGAGAAAGAAAAUGGAGAGAAGUUAUAGCGCCAAAGAGGAAGGUCUUGAUUUGGUAGAGAGAGUAUUUUCUUGGACUAUCAAGGAUGUUCUCAACGACAACCUCUGCAAAGACAAGGUACAGAAGAUCCCAGAUACAUUCUUGUCAACAACAGAUUACUUGAACUGCUUCAUUCCUCCACUGAUUGAGGAGACUCACAGCGACCUUUCUUCAAGCUUGAAAGGCGUGUCACGGGCUCCCUUUUGUGAAAUCUCGAGCGUUGAACUUGAAAGGUCAAGAAGCUCCAUACCUACCAAGAACUUGUUCUACCAGAUUUCAGUGAAGAGAACCAACAAUGAUGCGAAUGGAAAAUAUGAGCCUGAGGUUGGAGAUCUCAUUGCCUUCACAGAUAUCAAACCGAAAACGGUAGAUGACUUGGACAGGCCCAAAAGAGAGUACCAUAUUGGUUAUGUUCAUGCAAUAAAAGAAAGUACUGACAAGAUCUCAAUACUUUCAUCCAAAAGCUUUAACAUGGACAUUCAGUUUGCCUUGAGGAGCAACAAUGCACCAAGCCUUUUUGCCUUGAGGAGAGACAAUGCACCAAAGCUUUAUGCCUUCUAUCUUUUGAACCUAACAACAAAUGUUCGAAUUUGGAAAGCCUUGAACUUUCAGCUGGAGGGUGCAAGCAUGACCAUGAUUAAGAAAGUGCAUCAAGCUGAUUCAAAUAGUGGAGAGAACUGCCAACUUUGCUUUUCUGGGGAAAACCAUAGUGUGGCUUGUUCUAGUGUACAAAACAUAAUCAUGUCUCAGAAUCUGAAUGAAUCUCAGAAAGAUGCAGUUUUAAGCUGUGUUACUUCAAGCGAAUGUCAUCAUAAUGACACUAUUAAACUUAUUUGGGGUCCACCAGGGACUGGCAAAACAAAGACAGUGGCUUCCUUGUUAUUUUCUCUGCUCAAGUUAAAAACCAGAACACUGGCAUGUGCUCCGACUAAUACUGCAGUGUUGGAAGUGGCUGCUCGCUUGCAGUAUUUAGUUAAGGAGUCACUUGGGCAUGAUACAUAUGGCUUUGGUGACAUAGUGGUAUUUGGCAAUAAAUCUCGAAUGAAAGUUGACGGUUAUCAGGGUCUCCAUGAUGUCUUUCUUGACUAUCGUGUAGAUAAUCUUUUUAAGUGUUCUGGAUGGAAACAAUCCUUGGAAUCAAUGAUCAAGUUGCUUGAGAACCCCAAAGAGCAAUAUGGCUUGUAUAAGCGUGAGGAAGAAAAUAGUAUUUGGUCAUUGGAAGAAUAUGCUAAGCAAAAGUACGGUCAUGAGGAGAAUGAUGAUCCUCUGACUCUGACAUUAGAGCAAUUUUUGAAGAAGAAAUACACUUCCAUUGAAGAGCAAUAUCUUUUGUACAAGGAUGAAAAAAAGAAAAGUAUCAAGACACUGGAUCAAUUUUUUAUGCAUAGAUUCUGUUCCAAUAGAGAGGAACUCGAGGUAUACAUGCGAACCUUGCAUAAAAACCUACCAACUUCUUUAAUUCCGUUUGAGGAGAUAAAGAAAAUGUAUGAAGCUCAAGAUUUGCUAAGAUCUCUUAAAGCAUCUUUGCUUAAAGCCAAGUUGAAGCAAACUUCUGAUGGCUGUGAGGAUGAAAAUAGCCUUCUUGACAGCUUUGGAAGUUUAAGCAUAGAGAAGAAGGAAGAGUGCCUCCUCAAACUACGAUCACUUUCUCAGACGAUUUCACUUCCGAACAUCACUGACAAAUAUGAAAUGGCAAAAUUUUGCUUGAAGAAUGCACGCCUGAUUUUCUGUACUGCAGCAACUUCUACUAAAUUGUUCGCAGAAGGAAUGACACCAAUAGAAUUUUUAGUUAUUGAUGAAGCAGCUCAGUUAAAGGAAUGUGAAUCAACCAUUCCAUUGCAGCUGCCAGGCCUCCACCAUGUAAUUCUCAUUGGUGAUGAGAAACAACUUCCUGCGGUAGUCAAAAGCCAGGUUUCUGAAGAGGCUGGAUAUGGAAGAAGUUUGUUUGAGAGGCUGGUAUCGUUGGGAUACAAAAGGCAUCUGCUUAAUGUUCAGUAUAGAAUGCACCCAUCCAUCAGCUUAUUCCCAAAUAAGGAGUUCUACGAGGAGAAACUUUCUGAUGCCCCUUUUGUCAGAGAAGUGAGCUAUAAUAGGCGUUUCCUUGAAGGAAAAAUGUAUGCUUCAUAUUCAUUUAUAAACAUAGCUAAGGGUAAAGAACAGAAACCUGAUCGUGGAUACGGUUGGAAGAACAUGGCUGAGGCUGCUGCUGUUUCCAAGAUUAUUGAAAGCCUUGAAAAUGAAUUUCUGGGUACAGGUAAGAAAGUUAGCAUAGGAAUCAUAUCUCCAUAUAAUGCUCAGGUGUAUGAAAUCCAGGAAAGAAUUAAGCAGCAAAAUUUGGUUUCUGAUCCAAACUUCUCUGUUAGUGUUCGUUCUGUUGAUGGCUUUCAAGGUAGUGAAGAAGAUAUAAUAAUAAUCUCCACUGUGAGAUCUAAUGGGAAUGCAAACAUAAGUUUUAUUUUCAAUCGCCAAAGAGCAAAUGUGGCACUGACUCGGGCUAGACAUUGCUUAUGGAUAUUAGGGAAUGAAAAUGCUUUAAGCAGUGGUGACUCUAUAUGGAGAAAUCUAGUCCUUAACGCAAAGGAAAGAGACUGCUUCCAUAGUGCCGAUGAUGACAAGAAACUGUCAAAGGCCAUUGAGGAAGCCUUGCUUAUUGAACUACUUGACGAAUCCCCGUUUAAGAAACUCAGUCUAGGGAGCACGUCACGAACAACUGGAACCACCUUCAGAGGUUCUUUCAGGGGCAGGGCAAGGUCGCCAAGGUGGUAAGGGUUGAGAUUAUAUAUAGAUUGCAUCGGGAACUGUACGAGUUGUAAUAGUUUGCCUGAAGAUGGUGUCAGAUGUGUCAUUUUAGAUUACGAAGAUCUUAGGGGUAAAUCCAGGGCUUUGUAACAGUUUGCUGCCGUAACAUAAAAUCUCGAGUAUCUGCAGAUUGCACUGUUGAAAAGUGUAGAGUGAAGAAGGUCAUGGUGUGCCAAUUCUUAGACUUUAAAUCGACGAGGGAGUUAAUAUAUUGUAAGUUUGUGUAUAAGGAUCAAAAUAAAGCACAAAUAACUUUAGUAAAAUAAUGUUAUAAUAAAUACGAAUUACGUUUU